AUGUUUUUAAAGUUUAAAAAUAUUUUUUUUAUAGUUUUAACACUAUCAAUAGUAUUUAAUGGUUUAAUAGUAAAUUCUAAAAAUAUCCAUAUUAAUAAUAAAAAUAAUAAUAAUAAUAAUAAUAAUAAGGAUUUAUCAUCAUCUGAAUCAGGAUCUAGUAGUGAUAUAAAUCCAUAUAUUUCACAAUAUAAUUCUGAAAGGGAAACAUUAGUAAAUCAAGAGAAUCAAAUUAAAUUAGGGUCAAAUACUCCAUUUAAUUCAAAGGAACAACAAGCAAAUACAAUUUUUUUAAAUAUUUUACAAAAUGAAGAAUUAAGUUUUUCAAAUAAUGACCCAUCUGGUGUUAAUUUUUUUAUUGAAAAACAAAUUAUUGAAAAUGAAUCAACAAUUUUUAAAAUUAUUCAAAAUAUGCCAAAAGGUAGUGCAUUACAUGUUCAUCAAGAUUCUAGUGCUACAUAUGAUUAUUUAAUAUCAGUUGGUAGUUAUUUACCAAAUUGUUAUAUUUAUUUAACUUAUGAUGUAAAUGAUGCAAAUAAUGGUACAUUCCAUUUCUAUGAUAGUCAACCAACUGAUAGUAAUUGGAAAUUAUUAUCAACAAUUAGAGAGGGUGUUUCAAAUGUUGAAUCAUUUGAUCAACAACUUUUAGACUCUUUGACAUUAAUUGGUCAAGAUUAUGGUGACUAUGUCUCACUUUGGAGAAAGUUUGAUGGAAUAUUUGGUAGAGUUAAUGGAUUGGUAACUUAUUUACCAAUUGCCACAGGUUAUAUGGAGCAUUUGUUCCAACAAAUGAUUCAAGAUGGUGUUCAACAUAUUGAGGUUAGAAAGUGUUUUGGAGAUUUCUAUGACCUAACCGGUAAAAUCUAUGAUGAUUAUUGGUUCGUCCAAACUAUGGAAGAAUUAGUACUAACAACAAGACAAAAAUAUAAUAUGUCUGAAUUUGCACUUAAAAUUAUUGGUUGCAAUGGCAGACAUAAUAACCAAUCGGUGGUGUAUGAUGCAAUGGUAAUGUCAUUGGAUUUAAGAAAUAAAUACCCAUCAACCUUUGUCGGCUAUGAUUUGGUCGGUCCAGAGGAUGAGGGUUACCCAUUAAUCUAUUUCAUUGAGCAAUUUGCAGAAAUUAAAAAAUUAGGUUACCAAUACCAAUAUCCAUUGGAUUAUUACUUCCAUGCUGGUGAAACUAUUCUAUACAAUAAUACAAAUCUAUAUGAUGCUAUACUUUUAAAUACUAAAAGAAUCGGCCACGGUAUUCAGUUACCAAAACAUCCACUAUUGAUGGAUUUAGUAUUAAAGAAUGAUAUUGGUAUUGAAAUUUGUCCAAUUUCAAAUCAAAUCCUUCAAUAUGUUUCUGAUAUGCGUGCUCAUCCAGGUUUGGAUUUAUUAAAUAGAGGUUUACCAGUUACUAUCUCACCUGAUGAUCCUGCAAUCUUUAAUUAUGGUGGCCUAAGUUAUGAUUUCUUUGAACUCACUUAUUCUUGGGGUUUAAAUCUUCAACAAUUAAAACAAUUAGCAAUCAAUUCAAUUAAUCAUUCAAAUACUUUUAAUCAAUCCGAAUAUAAUUUACUCUAUAAUGCUUGGGAAGUAAAAUGGUUUAAUUUUAUUGAUUAUAUCAUUAAUACUUAUUCAAAUAUUUAA